AUGUACAAAUGUUCCACAGUUCUGAGAUUUGAAACAUUGGCAGUCGUCUGUUUGUGCAAGUUGCUGCCUGUUAGGUAAUAACUUUAUGUAAUCACGUUCAUUACUUCGAUUUGAGCUCAUUUUCUUAAUUAUUUCCCGUAAAUGACCACACCUCAGCAUAAGCGACCACUUUGUCCUGCAUCAAGAACGGUCGCUUACAAGAGAGUUGUACCCAUCAUAUCCAGGAUGAAGGGGCACUCUCAAGAACAGCUUUGAAAGAUGUAAAUCCCAAGAUUAAAGGCCCGUAUCCACUUUGAAGUCUGUUUGUUUUCAUUCUUCUUUCUCGGACAUGGAAGAGAGGAUAUUCGCAAAGAGAAUUCAGUGAAGGAGCUUGAAGCAGUCAUUGCUUUCUCAGUCAUUUCCAACAACGGAUCGACUCCGAAGAGAGGGAAAGCUGUUGGCCUUGAAGUCUACCUACUCUACACUUAAUGGCACUACGAGCCUCAGCGCUCCGGAAGUUAAAAAAUUCGUACCGUCUGGUUGCUAUGAAGUGACGUAAUCAUCCCGUGGAGUAUCCAUCACCAUAACACUUUUGCGGUCAACUACCGCAGCGCUCGUAAAGUACUUUAAUUAAAACCGUGUUCAAAACCCUGUAGGAAGUCUGUUUAUUUUUGAGUCGAUUAAUGCACUGCUGACUUCCACGAGGUCAACUUUUGCAUAAAUUAUCAAACAUUAUGUUAAGCGGGAAAUCUACCUAUGGUUCGCGGGAGAAGCAACUUCUAUAGCGGCGCAAGACAAAUGUUUCGAGAGUCGAGGAUGUGCUCACAAACUAUUCACUAUGCGACGAAAGGAGAUAUCACUGGCAUGAUACCUGCAUGUAAUGGUAAUUUUUAUCAAUCCAGGUCGCGCCGUGUUCGCCGAGAACGCUGUGACAACUUCGUUUACGGCGCUUCUCAAUACUUCAAAACAUGUUGUAAUCGGUAAGUAGACUUAAGCACUUAGUAUCGCCAAGCCAUUCGAAUCAGUGUAUACCCAAUUCUUUGUCUGAAGAUUCGGCGCAAACACAUAUACCAAGUACAUCUGGAUGGAAGAGGAAAUUGUCUCCCUAAACACAGCCAGGUUAUAUUUUGAAGGAUGGCGGCACAAUUCAACGCGUCUUCCAGGUCAGCCCUAAUUUAUAGUUCGUAAGAGUAUGAAUUGCAAUCUCCCUAUUUUCGCUUAAGCUUUCUUUGAUAAAACUUCAGUAGAAACAAAACAACGCAGACAUGACAUUCUCCUGCAUGAGACACAAUCGGCUGAAGGAAAUAUCUGUUUACUAGUCGGGUUAAUUAUCCAUUCUUGCGCACCGCAAAAUCAGCUAAAAUCAGUCGCUGGAAACCUGGCAUAUUAUUAAGCCUGAGCGCUUCUAAGAGUAACACGUUUAGAACUUGACGACGAGAAAAAAAAAAGGCAGUUGUUCUAUAUCCUUUCUGGUUCAUCCAAAUAGAAGUCCUGGCAUAUUAUUAUGCCUGAGCGCUUCUAGGAUAUAUAACACGUUUAGCAUUUCAACCCGUAGCCGUAAAAAACAAUUAGGUAGUUGUUCUAUAUCCUUUCUGGUUCACCCAGGUAGAAGUCCUGGCAUGAUAUCAUUAUGCCUGAGCGCUUCUAGGAUAUAUAACACGUUUAGCAUUUCGACCCGUAGCCGUAAAAAAAAAUUUAGGCAGUUGUUCUAUAUCCUUUCUGGUUCAUCCAGGUAGAAGUCCUGGCAUAUUAUUAUGCCUGAGCGCUUCUAGGAUAUAUAACACGUUCAGCAUUUCAACCCGUAGCCGUAAAAAACAAUUAGGUAGUUGUUCUAUAUCCUUUCUGGUUCACCCAGGUAGAAGUCCUGGCAUGAUUUCAUUAUGCCUGAGCGCUUCUAGGAUAUAUAACACGUUUAGCAUUUCGACCCAUAGCAGUAAAAAAUAAAUUAGGCAGUUGUUCUAUAUCCUUUCUGGUUCAUCCAGGUAGAGUCCUUUCAUGUUAUUAUUAUGCCUGAGCGCUUCUAGGAUAUAUAACACGUUUAGCAUUUCAACCCGUAAACGUAAAAAAAAAUUAGGCAGUUGUUCUAUAUCCUUUCUGGUUCAUCCAGGUAGAAGUCCUGGCAUAUUAUUAUGCCUGAGCGCUUCUAGGAUAUAUAACACGUUUAGCAUUUCGACCCGUAGCCGUAAAAAGAAAAAAAAUAGGUAGUUGUUCUAUAUCCUUUCUGGUUCAUCCAGGUAGAAGUCCUGGCAUAUUAUUAUGCCUGAGCGCUUCUGGGAUAUAUAGUAGCAGUUUGACCCGUAGAAAAAACAAACUCAGCCGUUCAUUUUGUAGGAGAUAUUUAAGCGUUUUUGUCUGUGUUAGCAAUGUGAUCGACUUUAUAAGCAGACCUUAAUAAUAUGUUUUUUUCUUUGACGGCACUGAAUAAUUUUAGCCGAAACUUGAGCCGUACAUUUGUUGAAUGCUGCGCUUUAAUUAAAUUUCUCGCCCUAGAAUGAUGACAUGAUGGCGCGAAAAUUGACGCCUCUAUCGUAUUAGAUGCGAAAUAUGAUCAGAGAUAUAUGGAAUAGUGAAUGUUACAAGCUUCUGAGUAUCCAGCUGAGAUAGGGGACUUUUAGUCCCCUAUCUCAGCUUGAUAAACAAAAUUUUUUUGGUUGCCAAGACGGUGCGGCUCGUUAUGGGCUGAACGUGAAUGUUUCUCACCCUUUAAGUCAAGGAUGUACAAUUAUAGAGAUCUGGACAAUUUUCCCAAUUAAUCAAUUAAUUAUUUAAUCAAUCAAUCGAUUAUUUUCCCAGUUAUAGCAAAGAUUAUUCAUUGCCAGUAAGCUCAUGUCCUCCUAGGGGAGUAAUGAUUUGAUUACAAUGGCGAGUCUACAGAACCCUGAUGAUGGCGCCUCCAACAUCAGUGAUGCAAGUGUGGAGUACUUGCCCACUUUACCAGUUCAAAAAUAUACACAAAACCUGACAAGCCAAAAUUACUUUAAUAAAAAAGGAACAAAAAAAUCAAAUCAAUGGAAUUGAAUUGGCCUAGCUUGUUAAAGAACUCUUCAGUUCAAAAAAUCAAGAUGUUGUGGAAACAUCUUUCCCCGAACAAAGUACAAUUAUUAUUGUUACUCACCCUAGAUAGAAUAGUUUCAGUUUGUAACAUGGCCUGUCCUACAGCUUCAAAUAUGCAGAACAUUGCAAAAACAAGGUCAAGGGAAGAAGGGGUGACACCGCCUGUUUAAUUUUCUCCCUAGCUUCCUUCCCUUGUCCUGUUUUGCGUAUCUUGACGCAUCAGUUUUACCAUAGUUAUUAGAGGAGACUGGUUAUGAAAAGCGGCAAACAUCAAUGAUAAAAACAACAGUGCUACAGUUUAUGUUCAAAGCACCGUGAAAGUGCACAAUCCUUUGUUUUCUGUUGGCAAAUUGUUACGGAAUAAAUUAAUGCAACGUUUUUAUUGGUCAAUACAAUCAAAAUGAUAGGAAUUCUUUUGAACGUUGUGCACUUUCAGGUCCACAAAAACAUAUAACAAAGGAGUCUGACGGGUUUCAUAACCAUUCCACUCAAUUAACUAUGGUUUUACGAACCACGCAAAUUCCUACCUUGGAAGCCCAAAUUUUUUUAAACCAAAUUUAAAUGGUGAAUUAUAUCAUAUUUUUUUCAUUUUCUUUCUUUCCUUUUCCUACAGCUCUUCCUGCCGUAUGGAUCAGUCUACUGUUCUAAUUUUAACGUUUGGUAUUGAAAAUUUUACUUAUCCAGGUCUACUAAAGAUCCGGCUAACCCUCAAUGGUUUAUCGUUAUUGCUUUCCCUUCACAAGUAUUAGUUUUUUCAUGGCCAAUAAUUCCUGAUUCAAGGUUCCUUUAUAGAAUCAGGAGGAGCAAGAACAAUCCCGUGUCAGUGAACCCUCAGGAUCAGGUGUUAGAAAAGGUUAGCUGCUUGAUAUUCAUUCCUGUUUGCAAAAUAAACAAGACUGGCCUGAAUACAGAUACAAAUAUUAGCUGAGGAUAAUUAAUUUUGUGCGGCUAGGGCUUGCUAAAUUUUUAGGGAGUAAAUUAAUUCUUUUUCACGUUUGGAGCACAUGAUUGAACCAAGAUGGCUGCAAACUAUCAGUGAGAGUGAACUUUUUGCGAUCAGACUUACAAUAAUAUAUCAACUUGAACAAUCAUGUGUUCUCUAUACCCUAAUUUAUUAUUACCACACACAUAUCUUGGACUUCUCUAUUUACUUAGAUGGGACAGUGACCAACACGAAAGCUUCGGCUACUUUGGUCACGGUGCACAUAUCAACAAACUUGUAUAUUAUAUUCAUUUUUCAUUAUUUGUUAACCUACUGAUUCUGUAAGCCAUCUUAUACUGUAUCAACUUGAAUAGUGCGAAAUAAACUUGAACCUGAACCUUAAAAUAAACAAGACUGGCCUGACUACGUAUGCCAAUAUUAGCUAAAGAUAAUUAAUUUUUAUGUGGCUAGGGCUUGCUAAACUUUUAGGGAGUAUGUUAAUUUUUUAAUUAAUGUAAUCAGCAAAGAGGACUCGAGUGGGACGUCAUCUUAACAGGAAUAUACCCAACUCAAUGGGCAACUAAGCUUGACACUGAAAAAUGAAAAUAGUGUUUGGAGGAUUACAUACAUCUCAGCCAUUUUCCAAAAAAAAUUGUAGGAAAAUAGGAUCACAGGAGCAAAAAUAUAGGAGGUUUAUAGGAUGAUUUUCACGUACACACAGAUGCCACGAUAUUUAAAAUGUCUCACUUUAUUUCCAACUGUACUUUGUGCAUAUACAUGUACAAAUAUGAACAGCGUUUUUCAAUGGUCACAGUUAAAAGCUACUGCGGGCCGUUAAAACCUACACCAUUUGCACUCAUUUGGAAGUAUAUGCUUCUUCUUACUGUUCCAGUACGAUUUAGCCGUAUCUCUCUGUAAUCAGCAAAAACAGGUUAACUUUAUUCUCCUAAUUCAAUUAAGUAAGCAAACUGCACCAAAAUAUGCCUCAGAAAUUUCACAACAUUCUUAAAAGUGGCACCUAACCUAGACUUAAAAACAUGUUUUAGUUAAAGAUAAAGAGGUAUUCUAUAAAUUUAUGCAAAAAAACUUGUGGCACAACGCGGUUCAGAAUUAAAGUUUUCGAUUCAAAUUUGCAUAUUGAUGCUGAAUUUUCAUUGCGUGACACCGGCUGCUUUGACAGAAAAAUUUCUCGUCCAGUUAUCCAAAUAUUUGCACGCACAAAUACUACAGCGAUGAUACCACAACUUCAACAUGAAUUUCGAAUCGUGCAGCUUUAGGCAAAUUAAGAAAACAGCAUGUGGAAGUUCGCGCAAUUUGUCCAAAAUGGUUAAAGUACAUGAAUGUCAGGACACAAUUACAACUCAGCUUGAAACCUGUCAUCUAUCAAAGUCUGGACUCAGUGAAGCGGAACUAAUACUAGGGACCUUAUGCAACAGGACGGUUGAGGGGAGACGACGGCAAAAUCUCAUUGUGUGACCAGCGUAACAACUUGAUUCGUCAGCAUAUUUACGUAAUUUCCGGUUUACGACUGCCGUCCUCUUGCCGUUCACGACGUGAAAACAAGCUCUUUGAGGUCGUGAGGAAAACGUAAUUACUUUCAUUCAAUUACUUUCACUUCAGCUCAUUGUCUUAAAAAAAAAUUGGCUAAAAAGGGGGCAGUGUUUUAGUUCUAAACCCUUCAAACCUUAGAAAUAACUUUUUUGCGUGUUAAAAGUUUGUUUAUGAGUCUAACAAUUGAGAGCAUAUUUGCAUUUAACAAGCAGGACUCGCUCCAUAAAAGGCGGGUUUUUAUUUUGAUUCUCUAUCAUUCCAACAACUUACGGCACCUUUUCUUUAUGGGUCGAUUUGAAAACCUCAUACAUUAAUUAAUCCACAGUAUCCUCUUUCAAUGGUUUAAUUAUUGUAAGUAUUUUUUUAGUUUAACCUGUCUGCGAGGGAUACUAAAUCUGUCCCGGCGAAGUUUUAGUUUGUGACUUUUCUGAUUCACUCUGUUUUGUUUUUUAUUUUUUGACAAAAAUGAAAUGCAUUACAAUAGGUUGCUUUCCCAAACUUGAAAACAAAACGAGACCAAACAAAAACAGAAAAAAGAAGGCAUGUAUUAGUAUUCUGCGUGUGAGUAAGCCAAUUUAAUGAGCCGGAUUUCUGAGCGCUACUUUGGAGUGAUUUGUUUUGAUGCUCAAGUCCAUGAUACAAAUUUAUAAAAUGAGCUUCAAAUUCUGGUCUGAUGAGCCAGUUGGAAUCAGUAUCGCGAAAUCUUUUUAUUUGCAAAAACUUAGUGUGGGUAAUAAACAUUAGUAAGAACUUAUGAGUUUGUUGUUUGAUGUUUAAAUUUGAUAGGUGGAGUGGAAACCCGAGUGCAAUUUCCUUUUGUUGCAAGAGAUAAUAGUUUCCGAGCCGUAUCAGUACAAAGUUUCCACCAGAGAGAGAGGGAAUAUUUGGGAAGACAUAACAGAGCGCUUAAAUGCCUAUGAAGCCUUUGCACACCGACUGGGGCAGAAGAGAGCUGUUAGAGACCGGUAUGCCCUUCUUUCAAGGAAAUACAAAAAGAAAAUGACGGAGGAGGAACGAGCAAGCGGGAUUUCCCCCGAGAUGUCAGAAAUCGAUAAGUUGCUGGAACAGAUUAUCGAGAGAUUUGAGGAAAGCGACAAGGAGACAGGAGAUAAGGGGAAACAAGCUGAAAGAAGUAAAACUGAGAAAGCUGUCCAUGGAGAAACUAGGUGAGACCUUGACAAGAAAGGGAGAAGAAGAUGGUGGAGCAACCCCAAGAAAAAGGGCAAGUGCAUCAGAAACCAUUGUGUAUCUGCGAGAAAAGGCAGAGAGAGAUUUUGACUUAAGGAAAGAAGAGCUGGAAACAAGGAAGAGGGACCAAACACAACAGCUACAAAUGUGCAGCUGCAACAGCUGCAACAACAACAACAAAAAAAAAAGCUCCAACAUCAGUAGCAGCAGCUACAAAAUCAACUACUAAUGACACAUUGAAAAACUCAGCAAGAAUUAACAUUUUUAAUUUCAGCAAUUUCAUGUAUUGCAAAUGCUUUACAAGUCUCAUUUAUGCAUUUUAAAAUAGAGUAUUUAAUAAAAUUUAUUUAAUAUUUACUAUUUACAUUUUGUUGUGAAAACAUCCAAACUUUGUUGAGCUGAAAGAAAUGAAAAAAAGAAAAAGGAAGAGCAUCAUCAGCAUGUAAAUAUGUUCCAGUUUAUGCAGCACCAGCUGCAACUGCAGCAUCAACAACAACAGCUGCAGACUCAGUUACUGAUGGCACUGAUUGAGAGGCUCAAUAUUAAUUAUCUUGCAUUUUAUUGACAGUCUUAAAGGGUAAUUUUAUGCAAUUUAAAAUAUUUUUGAAAAUUAGAUUACCUUGGCAGAAAUUUGUAAAACAAGAUUUCUUAUCUUAUCUAUUUUUACAAGACAUUGUUAUGCAUUAACUGUUAAAUAAUGUAUUUGCAAAAAAUGAUUUUCUAUAUAAAAUAUUUGUACCUUGCUUUGGGAAAUAUUGGUAUCAAUACGUAAAUAAUUUCUCCAUCAACUGUAAAUAAAAAAGCACUUUUUUGAACAUAUCUUUUUCUUCCUCAGUUUUAAAGUCCUGUAUAAAAGAACUGAUGUUGAUUUUCUUUUAUAUGAAAGAUGCUGGCCCUGGUUGCAUUUGAACAUUUAACUAUUCUGUAUGAGCCACAGGAUUAUUUUUUCUUGCUUUUGUGGAUACAAUCAAAGGCUGAUUAAGGAGUACAAAGGCCCAUUUCAAAUGCUGAAUAUUUUUACAUGUACUGGACCAAAAGCAAACUGGCAAAAAUAGUAGCUAGCUUUUCAUCUCAUUUGGGCCAAAGAAACACAGAGGCAUGAGAAAAUCCUCCUGCAUGGAGGAUUACAGUUACACAUGACGUCCACUUUUAAAUCUUAAAAUUCUUUUAUGCUCCCGGGCCCAGAAACCUUAAAAUUCUCAUGGCAAAUUAAUUUCCUCAAAGCCUCUCAAGGCUGGGUUGUUCUUUAUGGUGAUUUUUGCAAAAUUCUUUUGAAAAUAGUUUCAACAGGGAAAUUGAAUUCUGUUGAUUACAAAAAUAUUCAUACCCCAUGAUGGAAGUUAUUUGGCUUUGACCCCUUGACCACCCCCUACCUCCCCUUUAUGUAUGCAGUUCAGCUGUAUUUUCUAUCUCCUAUAGCUUCUCUCUCCUUGGAAAUGUCAGUGAGAUUCGUUAGGGUAUGUUAGGAUAUUUCCUGUAAACAUUUACAUGUUGAAACGAUUUUAUCAAGCAAAGUAACAUUCCACUGAAGGUGUAUCAAUGCCAAAGAAAGUGGAGGUACUUGAUCCAUAUAUGCAAGAGUGAGCAUUUCUCAACAGUGCACAUACUGUAUACAUCUUGCCAAUAGCAUUUCACCCAACUUUAAGAUCUUUUUUAAAGUCAAGGAAAGUAAAGUAUUCUACAAUGUCACCAAAGACCCACUCAACUGAAAUUCUAACUUUACUCAUGGACAGAUUGAAUGCCUCUUGCUGUGGUGUCAGGGCAGCACCCUUGAAAGGUCCCUGAAGAUGUACCCUAAGAGGGUAAGCAGGGUCGCCGUAAAUACAGAGGGCUUGACCAGUUGGUGAUAUGGAAUGAACCUCUAACAUUGGCAGCAAGCCAGACAUUGCCAACAUACCACCAUCAUGUUGUCGACCUUCGACUGGACCAUACAGGUUCACAAAAAGUCCAUUUGCAGCAACAACACUCUGGAAUUUAAUGGAAUGAACCCUUUUGUGUCCAUUAUAGAGUACUCGCUGGUGAACUCCUGGUCGACACACUGGUCGCACGGUACCGUCUACGAAUCCCCAGCAGUUUUCAAGUGCUGCUCCCUUUCGAUAAACCGCAUCUGCAAACGUUACUAGAUUUGCUGGUGAUAGCCAUGGCUGGUUAAAAUCAGUCAGUAAAUGACCAUGUCGCGCAAAGAUUAAACUGAUCAUUUCAUUCACAAGCAUGCUGAUUUGCGGCACAGCCCUUCCAAAUCUUGGUACCAAAUCUUCUUAUCUACAUGGAUAUGCAAACCGUCUUAAAAGCAUGCAGAGAGCUUCAUCACUGUAAACGUAAAAACGGUUUUCACAAACGAUUUUCUCAGGGGGAUUUAACACUUCGAGAAGAGUGUAGAUGUCACCGUCCUCUUCGGGCCGUCCUGUUGCGCAAGGUCUCUACUGUCAAGGGCCGGUCAUUUUGACCUUACAAGACAAGACAAGAAAAGACAUUUAUUAUCGUAACAUUACAAGUACAACUGCUUGGCACACAGUUAGCAAGAAAACGCUAGUCAAGGCGUGCCAAAUUAAUUCUAUCACAAAUCAGAUAUUAUAUUAUAAUAAGUAAAAAGCAAAGAAAAAGAAAAGAAAUAUGUGUAAUGAAUUCAAAAGCAAGAAAGACAAAUCGGUUUAAUGCAACCUGUGAAAGAGGCUAAGGUUUAGCAUUUCGCGAUUUUAUUUCUUGUGUUAUCAUGGUUGUAUCAAGGUAAUCAUCUUUGCCUUUUAAUAUUUGGAAGGGCACACUGAUUAAUUUUCGUUUGAACACUUUUUUUGACUAAAUUCCGAUACCUCACUUUUCAAAAGACAAAGAUUGAAGUCACCAUGACGCAAACAUUUUUCAAAGCUUCGAAAGCUUCUCCAACUCCUCUUUGGUCGCUUGUAAAUUGGUUCUCAACUUUUCGUUUCUUUGCUAAGUUUAUCCAUCGCUUUCUUCUGCUUUGCUUUAGGUUUAGUAAUAGAAAUUUAACAGAGAUUUACACCGAACUAGAGCUCAAAAAUCGUGCGAUCUACUCGCUCGAAGGCCAUGCACGAAAGAUCAAGUACAACAGAUGGUAAUUUGCCCACAACAUCGGCAUAAACUCCGAAAAUUUUGGCGCCCACCUUGUUCUUGCCAAUAUCCAUCGCAUGGUGGACCAAGAAAAAAACAUUGUAACGACAGGCAUGUAAUUGGUUUGGAGACUGCAAAGAACAUACAAUCAGUUUUUAAAGUCACCGUGGGAAUAGGAUCACAUAAGAAUUAAAAAUCGUAUAAUACCGUAAAAUUCCGAAAAUAAGCCCCGGGGCUUAUAUUUUUCAAAGACCGUUUUUGAGGGGCUUAUUUUUGGAGGGGCUUAUAUACGGAGGAAAAUUUGGGUUUCAAAAUCGAUUGGGCUAGCCACGGAAGUACAUUCACUGUUUUUGCUUUGUUUUACUUUGUAUUUAAGGGCAAUUUCCAAGUACAAGCCCCGGGGUGCUUUUAUUUGGAGGGGCUUAAUUAUACACGGAGGAGCUAAUUUGCAGAAUUUUGCGGUAAUUUAAUUACUUAAUUCUUUAUCAAGAUGAGUGUUUUUCUUCCUUGAGAAGACAAAGAGAAAAGGGAAAAAUUUUUGAUGAUAAUGAUAAUGACGAUUACGAUGAUGAUGAAGUACUGUAAUUGUUACUGUUGUCAUAAAAAUUGCAAGACCAUGAUGAACUCAGUAGUGCACUCAAUCUUUUCUAUUCAGCAAUAUGUGGGAAGUGUAGAAGCAAACAUAAGGAAGUGAUGGACAAAAGUAGGAAGAUAUAUUCAUUGAAAAAGAAGAAGAGGAAGAAAAAUAAUUUUUUUCGGUCAAAAAAACAAAUGAAGGUGGUGAUCAUGAUGACUGUAUUAUCAGUGACAACUACGCUGAUGUUCAACCGUUUCUCAACUACAUUGUCCUUGAAAUGAUAAUUAAGACUGCUUUGUCAGCUUUUCCAUUCAUGAGAACUUCAAUGAGAGCUGUUAGCAGAUUUUUUAAGUCAACAGCGGAUAAGGUACCUUGUGCAAGGGUGUACAUACCUGAACUAGAGGCAAAAACAAAGGUCAUCAGCGAGCUAAAAAUAAUUAGGUUAAAAGGCACAGGCAGUGGUGCUGUUGCAGCAGUUCGGGAGGCAGUCAAGUCUAGUCAAUGGAACCACGCCUGGCUCAAACUAGAGCCGCAACCAUAUGGUUGGUUUUGUAUGACUGGUAUGUACUGGAGGAAAAAAUUAAUUUAAUACGGCAAAAAAUAUUUCAAGAAACUGUUAAACUGAUCUAAGCCUCUUAACUGGCAAAUGAAUGCACGCUCUGGCCAUAGAGUGAACAAGAAAUUUAAAAACUGCACAAAGCAGAGUAUGAAAAAAAUCAAGUUCAUUCAGACAACAGCCGCAACAAAUUGCAUUCAUUACUGUCUGGUAAAGUCCGACUAACUCUCUAGGCCUUUUUAAUAUUCAAAAUGAGUGUUCUUAAUCGAAGAAGUGGUAGUAGAAGAGCUCAAUAAAACAACUGUGUAAAACUUAUAAAAUGGUCACUGAGAGCUAGGGAUAGAAAUCCGUAAUUAAAAUCAUGUUUUAUACUGCCUUAAGACUCCUCAAACAGCCAAUAACAUUUCAGAAUUUUACCGAGAGCACAAAAUUUGAAUAUUGUUAAGUAGUAACAGCUGGAGUUGCUUAAUAUUGGGUUUUACUCGAGCGUUUUGAUAACUACAAAAUUAUUAGUUAACAGCUCCUUAGUUUAUGUUAUGUCAAAAGAACUUUUCCAUAGUCCUAUGAAAAAAGUACCAAGUCGACAAAAUAUAGUGAUUUGUGCAACAAACCUUGUUUAAUUGAUCUCUGCUCAUUGGAACGGAAUGCAGCAAAGUCUGAUAUUUUGUUCAUAUUAGGGCUUGAGAUAUUUAUCAUUGACAUUAUUUUAGUUUUCUGGAACAAAAGUGUGGUGGCUCUAACUUAAUAGUCGGUAGACAAAAUCCUUACGUGAACCACUUGACUCCUUGCCAUGCAUAUCACUUUCUGUUUUACGUUGUUGUAUAUUUAAUGCCUUUCUCUCGCUUCUUGAGUUGUUUUGAUAUUCUAGACAAUGUUGGGUAAAUUAACUGCUCUUUUCAAGACACAGAACUUAAACGGAAGCGAAAGGUCUAUGGAAUCAAAACUGUUGUUAAGUCAAGGUCUAAAAUAAAGUUGUGAAUUAUUUGUUCUGAAUCAUACGCCCCACUCUAGAGUAUGCAAUGAUUUGAUUUCUUUUGAAUGUAACAGUUCCUGUUAGGUUCUGCCUGUUCUGUUCCGUGCCAUGAAUUGCCUACUUAUUGAUUGGCUCCGAUGUUUUAUGGCCAGUAAGGGUGAGUCUAAUGUUAAAACAAUGAAGAUAUUAAUGAAACUGAGAUUUUAUCGAGUGACCCCUGACAUUGUACAUGGUAUUUCAAAAGUCAUUAAUAAUUCAUAAAGGAAAAACAAAAGAAAUUAGUGUUUAACGAGUGUCUUUAUACCCAAUAAAGACACGGCUAGACUUUCUUUCCAAUUUUGUAGAGCAAAGUAAGACCAAGUCUAGAUAUUAGAGCAAGAAUGAGUUGAUCCACAUUGGAGAUUUUUAGGUUGCUCAGAAAACGAGCAGGAGUGUAUUGUCAGGUUGAAAAACUCGAGGCGAAGCAUAAUACUUAUCCCUCACCUUUUGAGGGAGUUCUGUUACUAAAUGUGGCCAAAUUCAGCCGUGAGUGAAAAGAUGCGAAAAUGACCAAAAUGAAUACAGAGGGGGAGGGAAAUGAGCACAAUUCCACUGUAUUGAAAACUGCUUAACCUAUCAGUUUAUCAAAGUGAACAGAACGGGAAAGAUGCGACAUAUUUGCUUGUUCUGAAACUCUGACCUUUUUUUUAAAGCACGUCCAAUCGUGGUCAGUAAUUGCGAAAACUAGCCCGAGAGCCACGACAAGAGUUGUUGGCCUAUAUUUUUCCAUUCAAAUAGCUUGGUCAUGUCAGCCAUAUAAUUUAAGAUUAAAGAUUAUAGAUGUACUAUUGUGGACAUGUCUCAUAUUAUCUCCGAUCAGUUCGAACUAAAGUUCAUUACAGAUGUGAACUUCAUUACACUUGGGUCUAAAUGUUAUUACAGAUGGGACCUUUAUUACGCUUGGGUCCAAAUGUUAUUACAGAUGGGACCUUUAUUAGGCUUGGGUCCAAAUGUUAUUAUAGAUGGGACCUUUAUUACGCUUGGGUCCAUUUAUUACACUUGUGCCUUCUACAAGCAUGUGAUUCUCCAUGCAGUCCAGAGGAAUUUGCUGAAGACACCAGUUAUCAAGAAAAGGACCAGCUAAAUACGCAUAAGCAUCUUUAAACAAACCCUUUUUUUGGUGUUGUUUUCACUGAAACAAAGUUUUGUCGUUCUUACCACACCAAUCUCUUGUUAACAAUGUAUAUAGAGGUAUUAAAAAGGAGAUAAACACCCAAUAAACAUUUCAGGUCAAACAGGAUACUAAGAAAAAAACCUAACCAUUAAUAACCAUUAAUUUUCAAUCAAUAAAUAUUUUUCAAGUUCAAAAUAGGUUCCCAAACAAAGUAACGAUUCAUGUGCUGUCCAAUCUAUUUCAAUUAUUCCCUUACAUUUUGGAAAAUUCUUACAACACAAAAUAUUAAAAUCAUAAUAUACAGCACAUGAAAAAACAAAAAACCACAACAGGUUUUUUUUGUUGACUGAGCCACCCUCAGUCGAGGGAUACUUGACCUUGUACCAACGCCGUGUCCACUCUCAAAAUAACAGUGUCUGGAGAAAAAAUGUAUUUUGGCAUAGCACAAGAAAAUGCUCAUUUCCAGCAACAUGCGUGUGGCUAUUUUGUUUUUGAAUGUUUACUAUGGUGUAGCAAUGAUAGAACUAUGCCUCUGGUCAAAAAAAAUCUGCAAUUCGAUGGGUUUUCGGGCUGCAAACCGUCUUCGAGUAGACAAGGUCCAGAACAUUGGCUGUUUUUUCUGUGCUGCCUUUGCUUCGUAUUAUGAAGAGAGUGACAGGGCUCACACAAUAUAACAGCCCAAAAAACCGACUAAAUCGAUGAAUUCACACCAAAAAACACAGGAAUACAUCAAAGGUAAGUCUCCUUUAUUUAUUUUAUAGGAGAAAAAUAAAAAUAAUGAUAUUUAGCAUUUGCAGACCUCAGUUUUUCACUGUCGCUUGUAAAGUGACACUGACUCUACUGCUACCCCAAUGGAGCUGACCCAGAUGUACAACAAAUCUUCUCUACUCUUGUAGACACCAGCAAAGCAACUGACUACCACGCAGGUGUCACAGCAUUGAAUGGUAUUUCCCUUCCCAAAGUCAACUUUGCUUUUGCUCGCCAUAAAAAUUCACUGACUCCAACAUCGGCCAGGUGAGAGACUGUUUUCAGCUUGUAACUAAAUUGAAAAAAGACAAAGAUUGCAAUUUGGGGGCAGCUUUUGACAAUUAGAUGAGAGAUGCUGCCCGUGCAAAUGUAGAUCAGACAUAAAUUGCUUAAGAAAAGGGAAGAGCUUGCUCUCACUUGCACACUAGAACAAUCAAAAGCUUUCCUCUUCAGAUCAGCAGACUUGUCUCUGUAAAGAUACACUUGACGUGCCUCUCACUGAGCUGUUGUUGUAAAGACUCGGAAGGGCCAUGCCUCCAAAAGCAAAGAAUAAAGCCAAGUCAUAAUUCACGAAACCGAGGAAACCAAAGGUGAAAACAAUAUGGCGUCUCCAACUAAAUGGCGUGAAAGCCUUGAAGAUCUAAUGGACCGCCACUUUAGACAACACUCUGACCUACUCACUGAUCUGAUGCUAAGGCACUAUAAAUUAUAUAAGCAAGAAAUCAACGAAAUUAAAAAGAGCCAAGACUUUACGAGCACGAAUUUCCAUCAAGCAUUCAAAUCAAUCAAAGAACUAAAGGAGGAGAACAUUGAGCUUCACAAGGAAGACAAAAGUCUGCAAACACGAGUUGACGAACUGGACAACAACAUCAUUGCAAAUGAACAGGAGGUAGAAAGCAUAAGCAGUACCUUUGACGUGGUACGGCUGUAUGUUAGACUUUCAUGGAAUCCCAGUAUUAGAAGACGAAGCAACACAUGAGAUUGUCCUCAAGGUUCCACAAUUGGUCAAUCCUGAGCACCCUCUUCAAGAUGACGACAUUUCCAUCAGUCAUCGACUGCUGUCAAGGGAAGGAACCAUUCCUCCAAUCAUUGUGAAAUUCUGCCGCAGAGAUAUGAGGGACAGACUUUACAAUGCAAGACGCAAAUUUAGCACCAAGACUGCUAAGGAUUUAAGCUUUCUGCAUAAUAACAAGCUAUACAUCAAUGAAAGUCUUACACCCAAGCUAAGAGAACUACUCUACGAAGACGAAACGCGAAACAAUCAAUUUAAGAAUCAUUGUCUGAGAAAACCAGGCAGAGGUGAAAGACACCAGACAAAGUAA